GAAACAUUUUAAUUGUAAGUCAAGAUUGCUGUAAUUUGAUAUUAUGAUACAAUUACAGUAAAACUAUAAAUCGUACUAUGAGGAUGUUCAUUUAGUUAGGAUAAUGCACUUCGCAUUAUUUACUUUAUAGUUCAUUUACGGCAGAAGCGAAUUUCGGAGACAAAAAUCUAUGAGAAAGUGAUUUUCGACAAUGGAGAAAAGUAGCAAAGCCGGUGUAUCAACCAAACGGAAGCGAUCUGUUAAUGUCACCGAAGAAAAUGUACGUAGGAUCAAAGGGAAAAGGCAAAAAAUUGCGCGGGAAAAUAACAACUUUGAUGUUGAAAAAAUGCAAGAAAAUAGUUCUUUUGAAAAGUCGGAUGGUCACAUGAGAGGGAGAAAAAAGGUUCCCGAGAAGAUUGGUAAAAUCAAACAAAAUAAAACAUUUCAUAAGUCGUCCGAUAUUCCUAAAACAACGACGAAAGUCGCUGUUGGGAAGACAGGAAAUGAGGACAGUUCUGACGAGGAUUUGCCUCUCUCAAUAAUUUCAAAAGGAAAAAGAAAGAAGGUAGGAAAUGAAAACCACUUAGAGCUUGUUGGUAAUGAGAAAAUGAAACAUCUAUCUCAGAGUUCAAAAGUCAGACAGGUAGUUGGGAAAGUGAACAUUGUUAAAAACUCUAUAAUGGAAAAAGAUUCAGUCAAGAAAAAUAUAAUGACGCUUGCCAAAAACAAUCACGCUAAUAUUGGAAAAACUAAAAGUGAUGAAAUGAAAAAAUUACCAAUGAAGAAUGUUAAAGGAAAAAUGAAAGUGAGUCCAUCUAAGAAACACUUUAUCAAAACUCCUAGUCCAUUCAAGAAACUUGAAAACAAACAAAAUGAAAUGAAUGUGAACAUGAAUUCAAAAGAAUCUCCAUUGGCUGUUGAUGCUUUUAAAAAUUUGAAAAAUUGUCCAAACAAAAGGUUGAAAUUAGACAUUGAUAAUAAAAGCAAAAUUUUGACUGAGGAAAAUGGCUCUGAAUCAGAUGGAGGGGAUUCUGAUAUGGAAUGGGAAGAUGUUGAUGAGGUUUCAGAAAGUUUUCAAGCCAAUGUUGGAGGAUCAGAGAUGGACAAAGCAGGAUCAACAAGCAGCAAUGUUGAAGUAACCAUAAACACACCUGGAGGAAAGAAAAGCAGAUGUGGACAUCCAACUAAUGAGGAAAUUAUGAAAUUUAUCCAACGUAAAAUCAACAAAGCCAAAAGGAAGGACAAAUAUGUUUCAUUGCUUAAGGUUCAUUUUCUUUCUUUGUUGGCUGUUGGAUUGAAACGAAAUGAAAUGUGUAAUAAUCAAAUUGUGCAAGCAGUAGGUUUGUCUCUUGUUCCUGAUGUGUUUACGCAACAUAAGGACGUUAAGAAAUGGGAUAUCUCCUUCCUAACACGAGUAGCUACAUGGAUGAAAAACAAAGCACCAUAUCCAGGAGAGAUCCACACGGGUAAUUCAUUGGCCACCUAUUUGAUGAGAGUCCUGGAAAAGAAAGUUUAUUUAUUGGUCGCAAUUCUUCGUGUCCUGGGCUUGUCUGUUCGUCUCAUAAUGUCACUUCAGGUUCUGAGUCUGAAAGUCGAGGAAAAAAAUCAGAAAAGCAAAAACAAGAAACGAUUUUAUCAAAAGCUGAAAGGAAAAUCUCCUGCUUUCCGUAAGAGCGUCAGAGACAGAGUUGAAGUCGACUAUAAAGAGGACACAGUCAGUGACUAUUUCAGUGAUGCAAACAAAACUUCCAAAAACUCGUCAGUCGAAAGUUUUGAUGUUUUCGAUGACGAUAUGGAUACAGAUGUCGAUUUUGAAGAGAAAAUUCCAAAGAUCUCUAAAGGUGGUAGUGCAUCGAAACGAGGCAAAUCAGAACAUGUCAACCACAUCAGUACUCCACGACAAGACGCGCCUUCAACCAGUAAGGACGGCGGUGUUUCAAAGAAGGGCUGUGAUUUAUGGAUUGAGGUGUAUUUACAGAAGGAAAAACAAUGGAUUUGCAUCGACGGUGAAUUGUGCAGUGUAAAUAAACCGGAUGCUUGUGAACGACACUCGAGCAAGCCGAUCAAAUAUAUCAUUGGAUUUGAUAAUGAGGGCUCGAUAAAAGACGUAACUUGUCGCUAUGCGACGAAUUGGAUGACGACCACUCGAAAGCUGAGAACGGACGGUGAUUGGCUGGAAGAUACAAUGAGUUCAUUUCGUAGCAAAAACAUCAAACGAGACAAGAGUGAAGACUCUUUAUUGAAAGCUCGAUUACUUCAAAAACCGUUGCCACAAACCGUCAGUGAAUACAAGAAUCAUCCGCUGUAUGUUCUAAAGCGACAUUUACUAAAAUUUGAAGCAAUUUAUCCUGAAUCGGCAGCAACGCUCGGAUUUUGUCGUCAGGACGCCGUAUAUUCACGGGAUUGUGUUCAUACGCUACAUACACGUGAAAUGUGGAUAAAGGAGGCAAGAGUUGUGAAGUCUGGGGAACAACCUUACAAGAUCGUCAAGGGUCGUAAAAGCAGGCGCAAAAUGUUGGAGAAUGUUGGCGAAGUAAAAGCUGAAUUAUUUGGAAGAUGGCAAACUGAAGAUUACAUUCCUCCUGCUGUCGUUGACGGUAUCGUACCAAGGAACGAGUAUGGAAAUGUGGAGUUAUUCAAACCUAGCAUGCUGCCUGCCGGCGCCUGCCACAUUCAGGUGCCAGGAAUACACCGCCUUGCUCGCAAAUUGAAAAUCGACGCUGUCCCAGCAGUCAUUGGCUUUGACUUCCAUGGAGGUUUUAAUCAUCCCAUCAUCGAUGGAGUAGUUGUUGGCGAGGAAUUCAAGGAACAACUAUUGCUUGCAUGGGAUAAAGAACAAGAAGCUAAGAUAGCCCGCGAACAGGAAAAACGCGAAAAGCGAAUCCUUGCGAACUGGACACAUCUUGUGCGGAGUCUGCGCAUUAGAGAGAGACUUAAACGCAAAUACAAAAUUGAAGAGGAAGAUAAGGAGACUUCAAAUUCUGAGGAAAACAAGAAAACAUCAAUGGAUACAGAGGACCGUAUUCCUGACGUUUCUUUAUCUUGGCCAUUAAAUAAACAAGAGGGUAAAACGGCCCGCGAUGCAGAUGGACAUUGUCACGUGUUUUUACUGAAAAAUAACGUUCAAGAUUCUGUCACAGGGGAGUGGAGUAAGGUUUGCGCUUGCGGAUUGAAAGAGCCAGUUGAGACACUUUAAAGAAACCGGUAGGAUUGUUCAUUUUGUUUGUUUUUAAAACCUGGAGGUUAUAUACAACAAUCUUUUUUGCAAUGACAGCGUAGAAUAUUGUCAUUGCAAAGUUUAUAUAAUUUAAUAGUUAGUUUAUGCAGUAUAAAAACUUUCGGUUUGUCUUUUUUGACCAAAACUGUUGCAGAAUGUUAGCAAUUUUGAAAUUUGAAGCAAAAUUUUUGGUUUAUAUCAUUUGAAUUAUUGAUUAUUAGAUGGCAUGAAGUGCCUUUGAGUAUUGUAGGUUCCCUAUACAUACUAUAUGAGUACUGUAGGUUCCCUAUACAUACUAUAUGAGUACUGUAGGUUCCCUAUACAUACUAUAUGAGUACUGUAGGCUCCCUAUACAUACUAUAUGAUACUUUAAGGUGGUAGCAUAAACAAUUCGAUACUAUUUGUGUACCAUUUAUAUUUUCGUAGUCAAAGUCAUUUUCACUGUUUUGUUAACGUUAUAUUUGUACAUAACUUUUGUUAUUGCAUACACUGCUUAUUCCACGAACUUAGUAUGAAUUAAAAGGACUAAAAGUUUUUUGUUGACGAUAAGUAAA